AUGGCGGCAAGUGUUCUUCCCAGCUACUGCCGCAGCUCGUCUCACAAAUCAAUCGCCGAUUCAACUAAACGACUCGACGAACCGAAGUCAGCUCAGUUCCCCGAGCGAGCAAGGAAUUCCCGACGGAACUCUUCGAGACCUUCUAACAAGCCGAACAGCCUCGCACUCACUCGUUCUUCCUCAGCAUUAGCUGAUUCUGGUUCUUCCAUGGAUGCCGCGCUCCAGCUGUUCGAGAAAAUGAACCGCUCAGAUGCCUUCAUUUGGAAUGUCAUCAUUAGGGGACUCGCAAGAAACGAGGGGCAGCAGGUUCACGCCAGGCUGAUUAAAGUCGGGUUGGAUUCCGACGUCUACGCUUGUGAUUUUCUCGUGGAGAUGUAUUUCUCGGUUGGGUGCGUUGAGCUGGCGGAGAAGGUGUUUGAGGAAAUGCCUCAGAGGGACCUAGUUUCAUGGAACUCUAUGGUUGCUGGGUAUCUGACGGCUGGAGAUGGGUUCAGCUCGUUGGGUUGGUUUCGGGAAAUGGUUGGUUCGGGGUAUAAACCGGAUAGUUUCGGCGUGAUCGGUGCUCUCGGAUCUUGUUCCCAUGGAAAGCUGCUUGAAAUCUGGGAAGGAAAUUCACUGCCAAGAUCUCUCCAGAAGUGUAAGUCCAUCCAUGGAUACGCCAUCAGGAAGCUCCUUCUCCCUCAGGUAGUCUUGGAAACUUCCCUGGUCGAUGCUUAUGGAAAAUGUGGAGGAGCAGUGAGAUCGGCAGAACGUCGUUUCAGUCUUAUCAGCGAGAAGAACUUGGUAUCAUGGAACAACGUGCUUGCUGCUUAUGUACACAAUGAAAAGCACCAAGAAGCUCUCGAACUGUUUCAGAACCAUGUGGUUGAAGAAGAAAGCACCGCCUUAAACCGGAUGCAAUCACAAUCGCUAGCAUCCUUCCUUCCUACGCAGUGGUAA